CUUUGAUACUGACUGUAUUCUUUUUGGUUUUGCUGCUUACAAACUGCAACAUGCUGAGGCUUGGGAACAUUUUGUUAUGGAUGGCUGCAGCUAUCAUCUUGUGUCAAGCCAGGCCUAAUGUGAAGCUAAAUUCGCAGUCAAGCAGUGGGUUAAGGUCUGACUGUGCCGCAAAUGUAAUGAGACUGUCGUUGGACAAGGCUUUAGCAGUGGGAAACCAGCUUGAGGUGGAGGCUAUCAAUGGCACCAAGCACAUUUUGUUAACACCUAGCAUGGCUGCUCAGUGUGGAUACAGCAUGGAGUCUGACCCGUGGGGUAACACCAGAAUCUACACCUCCCUGAUGGGCUGCUUUGUGGACAACAAGGAUGAUGCUACAUUUAACGUUGGCUUGAGACUCAAGAUGUACGGCGAGAAUCCAUCAGACGUGGUCAGUCAUGACGUGUCUCAGACUUGCAGGUACACUCGCUGGGCCUCCAGGGAGAUCCUCUGCGACAGGAACUACAUGGAAGUUUCGCACCACAUGGCUAACCUUGAUGCUAAGGGUCAGACUUGGGAUGGUAAAGACAAGAAGCUCAACGCCAAUCUUGAAGCCUCUGGUGCAUCACAAGGUAUCUGGAAGAUGACGUUUUACACCCCAGAACCAGUGGCCAUGGUGUUGCAAGAGGCUGAACAAGCCGGCUACGCUGCCAAAACUACCUCUAGUCGCCUGGUUAUGCGAAGCCCGUACAAUACAGCAGAGACUUAUUCAGAGGAUGUGGCUGGAGUGCCCAUGGAAGUUUUCAGGGUGAGCGCCUACUACAUGGCACCACAGGGUCUGAAUGUAGUGAACUUGGCAGCUGCUUGUCCCAAAGGUGGCGUCCUCUUCACCGAGGAUAUGAUCUCUUGGCACGUACCUCGCCGUGUGACUCCUCUGUUGGACGGCAGAAUUACAGUCUCAGAAAUGCACAUGGGAAUCAACGGGCAGAGGCUUGAUAGAUCUCAGAUGGCCGCACGGGGGUACACACUGAGCACCACAGACUUCCACAUCGUCGUCGAGAUCCCAGUGGGCUCGCCUGAUGGUUACUACAAGAGCCAUGCCCCAGAUUACCAGUACCACAUCACCUACUUUGUGGAGCCCAUGCUUGAGGUACUGUGGAGAGAAGAUGACACCCAAGAUGAUACCAGAUACAAGGUUUUGUUCCCCAUCAUGACCCCUCUGAUGCCUCAAUCUCCCCAAAUCCAGGAUGACACUGUCCCAGAGACUCGGGUGUUCAGCGUUCUCUUGGGAACCUUCCUCCAUGACGUUGAGCUGAGGAACAUCACCUUCUCCACCGGGGUCCUCACUGUUGAGGAGAGCAAUGCCAAAGGCUUCACAGUCCAGGAACACAGCUUGGCUAAUGGCUCCAAGAGCUUCGCUCUUCAAGUGCCCUUUGAUGCCAAUGUUGUCUUAAAACAUAAUCCUGAGCGCUUGGUUACAUCCUACUUCCUCCCUCUGAUCUUUGGGUUGAUCGUCCUGCCUGAAGAAACUCCUUUUGCUCUCCCGGUCGACCUGCAGGCCUCUCUGCAGGAUGUUGUGCUACCCAUCAUGGCUGGCACCUGUGACCAGAAUCAGUUUUACAUCAGCGUGAAGUUCGGGAGUCACGGCUCUAAUUUCAAGGCUAUCGUUGGACCUCGAGAGCUGACGGCUGAGAUGGCUGAAGACUACAAUUUCUAUGAGAACGGCACACACCUCAGCCUCAUUCUGCCAUACACUGCCAAGGACGCUGUUUUUGAGCUGCUCACUGCAGAAUCAGUCAAAUCCAGAAUUGACCUGCUUCUGUUGGAUCGUGCAAACGACUGGGUGCUUGCUGAUCUCUAUCUGGCUUGCUACUUCCCCUUAAAAGCAACAGAGUGCCACCCCAAUGGCACAAUGACCGCUGUGGCUGUGAAGGUUGAAUCGACUCGUAAUCUGAAGCCAAGUCAGCUGACGCUAAAGGACCAGUCCUGCACACCACAGUUCAGCGACGAUCGCUUUGCAUAUUUCUCCUUCAGUGUGGAUACCUGUGGAACCACCAGAACGUUCUUUGACAACUACAUGAUGUAUGAAAAUGAGAUCCGCCUGUCUUACAACAACAAAGGAGCAGCCAACACAUCACCAGUUGAUCCUGAAUACAGGCAAACCAUUUCCUGCUUCUAUGUGGUCAAUGAUACUCAGACUGUUGCCUUCAGCGCUAAACCAAGAACCUAUGAGCCCGCUGCAGAGAUCGGCACCGGGCAGCUGAUGGUGCAGAUGAGGCUUUCCCAAGAUCCAUCCUACGAGCUCUUCUACCAAGCAGAGGAUUAUCCAGUGGUGAAAUAUCUGCAGCAGCCUCUGUAUUUUGAGGUGGAGCUGAUGCAUUCUACCGAUCCGCACUUGGAACUCAUCGCUGAGAACUGUUGGGCAACCCUUUAUGAAGAUAGGACAUCUCUGCCAAGCUGGGACAUCAUUGUGGACAGCUGUGAGAAUCGCAAUGACAGCUAUGCAACAAUUUUCCAUCCCGUUGUGAGUGACUCCAGAGUUUUAGUCCCGUCCCACAUCAAGCGCUUCUCUGUAAAGAUGUUCACUUUCACUAAAGAUGACAAGGUUCUGAAAGACCAGAUCUAUGUCCACUGUGAUGCAGUGAUUUGUGACGCAAGCAGCCAGGCAGAUGGUUCCUGCAGAGGCCAGUGUGUGCAUCCUCCAGGUCAGAGCUACUCAAGACCUGCAGGUGUAAAAAAGGAGCGAAGAAGCACCGACUCAACACGCCAAAGGCAGAUCUCCUCUGGGGCAAUUAUUCUGUCUAACCUUUGAAUAUGUUCUACUAGUGUUUACAUUUUGUCAUUUGCACCUUAUGUACAUUUGUUCAUUGUUUUGUUUGGAAACAGUUUUAUCAAUGAAUGUACUGUACUGC